UUGCACACACCCAAGAAAUAAAAAAAAGAAAAAUCCCAUAUUUAUUUAAAAUGAAAUGAAAAGAAGAGAAAGCUAAAGCCUGCUGGCUUUUCCAAGCCCCUUUUUUCUCCACCCAUCAGUGGAAUCAUGAAAUAUUAUUAUUAUUAUUAUUAUUAUUAUUAUUUUUAAAAAAAGAAAGGGAAAAAAAUUACUAGAGGUGUGAUCUUUUGAACACACCCCCCACACUUGAUUACUCAUGCUCACAUGGAGACCAACUCUGAGAUCCCCCCACCCAGCUCAGUUCAAUUAGUGACCUCUUUUUUUUUUUUAAAUCAUUCUCCUCAUGCUUCAAAGCUCUGCCAAUUAACCAGAGCCCAUUACCAUGGUAUUUGAAGUUUUGAACCUCCCCCAAUCCUUUGAAACAAAAAGAUUGUGAGGAAUGGGUUGAUAUAUAGCUAUAGCUAAUACUCUUUAAUAAGGGUUUUUUUUUUUUUUUUUCCUUUUUUUAAUUUGUAUAGGCUUUGGGAAAGGUGAGAGAUUGGUGGAGGAGUGGAGGCUGAAUUCUAUUAUGGAUAAAAUAAAGUUGGUGGUGGGUGGGUUAAAUUACUUCUUCUCCUAAAAGAUGGAGUAAAAGUUUUUUUUAUUUGUUUUUUAAUAAACCCCCCACUCACCACUCCAAGGAAGAGGCCCAUAUGAUCAGUAGAGGAGGAGGAGGAGGAGGAGGAGGAAGAGGAGGAGGAGGAAGAAGACAACUACAAAGACACCAAUGUGCCACAGAUACAGACAGCUCUAGAAGGAGGGGGAGUAACAGCUCACCACCAAAAAUUCCCUCAGAAUGGCUUCUAGCUGCAGCAGCAGCACUCCUUGUCCAUUAGCACCACAAAAACUCCCUCUUGCUCUCUCUCUAUUCCUCCUACUCCUCCUCCUACUGCUACUACUUGUUCCUCCUUCCACAACAGAAGCCAAAAACAACAACAGCAGCAGCAGCAGCAGCAGCAGCAGCACUCUCCACCCAAAUGAAGAGCUCCUCAAUUACAAUUACAGGAGGGCAAGGGCUCAUCUGAGGAGGCUCAGCAAGCCCUCUGUGAAGACAAUUAAGAGCCCUGAUGGUGAUGUUAUAGAUUGCGUUCCCUCCCAUCUCCAGCCUGCGUUUGAUCAUCCCAUGCUAAAAGGCCAAAAGCCAUUGGAUCCACCUGAGAGGCCAAAGGGGCAUAACUAUAACUAUAGCAGUAUGAUAACAGAGGAGGAGGAGGAGGAGGAGUUGCUGCUGCUUCAGACAUGGAGAACAUCUGGUGAAUCAUGCCCACAGGGAACUGUUCCUGUGAGGAGGAUUAAAGAAGAGGACAUUCUGAGAGCAAAUUCCAUUGCAAGGUUUGGUAGGAAACCAGUUGCAGCUGCACGAAGAGUCCGGCGAGACUCGACCAGCGGCGGCCAUGAGCAUGCAGUGGGGUAUGUAAUGGGAGAGCAAUACUAUGGUGCAAAGGCAAGCUUAAAUGUGUGGUCACCAAGAGUGGCCACUGAGUCAGAGUUCAGCUUGUCUCAGAUAUGGGUCAUCUCAGGCUCAUUUGGGAAUGAUCUCAACACCAUUGAAGCUGGAUGGCAGGUGAGCCCACAGCUAUACGGAGAUGAUUGCCCUAGGUUCUUCACAUAUUGGACAACUGAUGCAUACCAAGAGACAGGGUGCUACAAUCUCUUUUGCGCCGGCUUUGUUCAAACAAACAACAAGAUUGCCAUUGGAGCAGCUAUAUCACCAACUUCCAUUUACAAUGGAAGGCAAUUCGACAUUAGUUUGCUCGUAUGGAAGGACCCAAAGCAUGGGCAUUGGUGGCUCGAGUUCGGUUCGGGCCUACUGGUCGGGUACUGGCCCUCAUUUUUGUUCAGCCACCUAGCGCAGCACGCGAACAUGGUCCAAUUCGGGGGCGAGAUCGUCAAUUCGGGCACCGCGGGAUCCCACACGUCGACCGAGAUGGGCAGUGGCCAUUUUGCGCACGACGGAUUCAACCGAGCCGCGUACUUCCGAAACCUGCAGAUAGUCGACUGGGACAAUAGCCUGAUCCCGAUAUCGAACCUCAGACUUUUGGCGGACCACCCGAAUUGCUAUGAUAUACAAGGUGGUUCAAAUGGGGCUUGGGGGAAUUAUUUUUACUAUGGAGGACCAGGAAGGAAUGUGAGAUGCCCUUAGAUCAAAUGAAAUGAGAGGGUCUAAUUCAAUUUUCUUUUCACUCUUUUUUCCCCCUCUUCCUAUAUUUUUCAUUUUUGGUGAUUGCCAUAUGGUUGGUUUCAAUUUUUUUUUUUUUUUUUCUCUCCAUGAUUUUAUUAGGUUUAGUUAGCUUGCUCAUCAUCAUGUGUACAACUUUGCAGAGGCCUGUAUAUUCGGAAUGUCAUAGGAUCAUCAAUAUAUAUAGAGUGUUAUACUAAUUUUGUGGA